AAGUAUGCCACGUACUGGUUGACGCUGACUGGAGGACACUUCCUGAUGCUGGUCCCCGGGUCUAGCUAGGCUAGCUAACAGAUUCGAUUUUCACUGUUUAGUGAAACCUGUGAAAUACCGCUUGGUCAAGUCGUCUGAUUCAGUGGCGGGAGCAGAAGAGGUCAGACGGCACCAUGAACGGCCAGCUGGACCUGAGCGGGAAGCUAAUCAUCAAAGCCCAGUUGGGCGACGACAUCAGACGCAUCCCUAUCCAUAAUGAAGAUAUUACAUAUGAUGAGCUGGUCCUGAUGAUGCAGCGUGUCUUCAGAGGCAAGCUGCAGAGCAACGACGAAGUUACCAUCAAAUACAAAGAUGAAGACGAUGACCUCAUCACCAUCUUUGACAGCUCUGACCUCUCCUUUGCAAUCCAGUGCAGUAGAAUACUCAAACUAACUUUGUUUGUGAAUGGUCAGCCACGACCUUUGGAAUCCAGCCAAGUGAAGUACUUGCGCAGGGAGCUCAUUGAGCUCAGGAAUAAAGUCAACAAUCUCCUUGACAGCCUGGAGCCCCCCACAGAGCCUGGACUGGCUUCCACAGCACCAGACAGUGAAUCAGUGGAUGGACGUGAAGGUAAAGUUGUGGCUGCUGACCCCACAGCGAAACAGGCCAUCCCAGUCAGUGCAGCCAGCAUGUCAGCUUUCGACCCAUUAAAAAACCAAGAUGAGGUCAACAAGAAUGUCAUCUCUGCCUUUGGUUUAAGCGAGGACCAGGCCUCAGUAGCCACCCCAGCGGCUGCAACAGAGGAGCGGUCAGGAACCCCUGACAGCAUUGCUUCCUCCUCUUCUGCGGCGCCUCAGCCAGGAGUGCCCCCCCAGCCACAGGCUCCCUACGCUGGAGUACAGCAGGGUCCCCCAGCUGGAAUGGAUGGUCAGGUGUACCCGCAGUACCAGGCUCCAGGUGGAUACCCUCCUCAGCAACCAGGUGGCCCACCGCAGCAGCAGUACGGUAUGCAGUACCCUGCAGGAUACAGCCCCCAGCCUGGAGCCCCUCAGCCUGGAGCCCCCCAGCCUGGCCCACCACAGCAACAGUUUCAAAACUACCCUCCGCCCUCCUCCCAGGCUCCGCCUCCUGGUCCGACCCCAACUUCUGGCUUCCAGGGCGGGCAGCAGCAGCCCCAUCCAUCUCAGGGAGCCCAGCAGUAUCCACCAGGAGCCUUCCCUCCCCAAAACUAUACCUCCCAGGCCAACCAGCCUGCUAACUACAGCAUGCCGCCCACCUCCCAGCCUGGCUCAGGGUACCAACCCCGCCCAGGAUACACCCCGCCUCCAGGCACCACUGUCACCCCUCCCCCUGGAGCUGCUAACCCAUAUGCCCGCAACCGCCCCCCUUAUGGCCAAGGCUACACUCAGCCUGGCCCGGGAUACCGGUAAUUGAGGAGAGUAGAUGUUACUGAUCCUCACACACCCCCAAACCCUUACCCAUCUAUGUGGCUCCAACUGUUUGGGUGGGUGCUGAGAACAAGUGUGCACCCUCCUCCUCAUACAAAUAACAAGUCCAAAUAUGAAACAAGCAACCCCUCCCAGUCUGAUGGUUAGUGUUUGUAUGCUGUCUCUCCAGCACACCAUUUGGUUCUUUCCCUUGUGUAUUCUCCUUGUGUUAUUUUUCCCUCUUCUCCUGCCUCCUCCUCAGGCUGCUCUUCCGUCUUGUAUCUGUCCCUGUAGCAAUUUAACCAGUCUGUAUGCACACACCUGGGAGACCAACACAGGCUGUUGCACAAACUUUUCAUUAUAGGUUUUAUUUUGCGAGUGAUAUGAGCAUCCAUUCUGCAAAAAUCUCAAAACAGCUGUGAGUUUGCUCAUUCGUGGCUCUAUUACAAUAAAAACAACCCCCCCCCCCCCCCCCCCCCCCCCCCCCUUAUGUUCUGUUGUUUUGUUGUUUUUGUUUUGUUUUUUUUUAGGUUAUGUUUUUAUUUGAUCAAUUUCACCACCAUGUCGGUAUUGUUAAUGUUUCAGUGAAGCUUCACCAUGUUGGGAACACUAGUUAAGUGAUGACUUGAGGGAGGUGUGGAUCCCUGUGUCAUGAAUAAGGCUUCUUUUAUUAACUUCUUUCUGUUUAUCACCUCCAGUACAGCCUGCUAUUCCUUUCUCUAUCUUACCACUGGUUUUUACUAAUAUAUCAAAUCAAAUUCCACCUUUUGAGAUUAGUUAUGUAUAAACUGUAACAUUUUUUUUUUCUUGAACCUAAUAAAUGAUUGAGAUGAAA